CACAUAUCAUUGUUUUUACACAGUCAAACAUCAGUGGCAGCCCAUCGUCGAGGCGCCAGACUCAAACAAACGAUAACGAGGACGAAUUUCUGAACGAAAAGAGAGUUAACAUAAAUUUAAGUAAGCGCAAAGGAGUUGAAAACAUUCCUGUGUAAUUUUAUGAGAUCUGUCCUUCUCUCUCCACCAUGAAGACCACCAAACCUGCACUGCAGACCUCUGCUCAAGAGGAAUGUGGUGUUUGGCUGGACACUGUGCAACUGAAAGGAAAAGCUAAACAGAAACGACUCGCCCGUCCCAUUUCUAAACUGCUAAAUCCCUUCGCUGAAGUCGGAGGCUACAGUUUGGCUGUGGCACUCAACUUCACUCAGACCAAAUUGGAAAUACCAAAGACCAAACAGAGCUCUAUAUCAACCUUCUUCACCCCUCAGCGCAGAGUUAUCAAUAAGAUGUCUCCUUCUGAAGUACCAAACAUGGAUCCAGUGCUGCCUCCUCCAUCAUCUACCUCGUCCACAUGUGCCUUAACUCCUGUAGCAUCAGGGACAAAGCGAAGACGUGAAAUGGAUCUUGAAAUGUUUGACUUGUAUAACUCUGAGCCUGGUGUGGAUCAUGAGUGGAAAAGUGAAAAUGUGAACGAGCCCGAAGCAGCAGCGUGGCAGGAGCAGGCAGCAAGCCAUACACCUUCUCAAAACAUGUACUGUGAAUUUGAAGAAGAGCAGUUUGAGGAGAUAAAUCCACCACAGAGUAAGAGGAGGCUCACUGCAACCUCUUCAGUGCCAGGCGACAGUCAACCUCUUCCACAGGCGUGGAGUCAGGACCCACUGUUCACCUGUAGCCAAUUUGAAGGUUAUGAAGGUGAAUUUUACCUGACUGACCAGAAAAACAUCACAGCUAAGAAGUUUAGCGACUCUGAGCCAAGUUUCCUUAACAGUCUACAAAGUGAGGAGGCCUUUGAUAUUCGGAUGGAUGUGGAAGUGAGAACCUCGACUCAAAAAUCCCUUAAACACUUUCAUUCUUCUCAAAUGGAUGAUGAGAAAGAAAACAGCAGGUUUUUGUCUUCUGAGUCCCCAAGUAAGCACUCAACUCUGUCUCAUAUUGAACCUCUUUCAAAUCAUAAAUGGGCAGAAGCAAAAACCGCAUCCCCUCGAAAACAUAUUCCAGUGCAUCUGUGGAAAAAGGCUGAUAAAGAAGAGAGCCGCGACUCACAGUUCAAGUGGACAAAACCGAGUAGCUCUCCUCUAAAAAAACUAGCACCACAGCAGUCACGCAGAGCGGUUGAUGAGGACAGUCUGGCCAUGUUGUUCACCCAGGACUCUGAAGGCUUCAGGGUGAUAGCGCACAGAGGUCUGCAAGCCAGGAGUCCACUCAAAGAUCAGAGUAACAUAAGCGCUGGGGUUGUGAGAACUAGUGCUUACAAACCUCUGGUGGAGGAGGACGAGGAAGACGAGAUGCUCUUUACUCAAGACUCUCAGGGGAAUAUGGUGAUCAAACACUAAAAGGAGCCUUUGAAACUCAUUCGCAGGAGUCUUAUGUUAUUAUAGUCUGGAUGUGGAUAAUUGAUCUAUACUUUUUAAAUGAUAUUUUAAAUAUUUGUUCCACGGUGCCAGAGCUUGAAGUCAGUUGUUAUAAACUGAAAUCUUGUUUGUUUGUUUCCAUAUUGACUGAUUGUCUUCUUACCUUUCUUCAUCUGUAGAUUUUUUGUAUUUUCCUGGAGGUUUCAGCCAUAUUUUAUUCCUAUUUUGGUCUCUGUGUUGCUAAAAUGUCUUCCAAGGUGCAACUGUCUUCUGCAAUAACACCAACAAGCAAGAACUGAGGUUUUGAUUUUAUUUGAAAAACGAUAGUUACAUCAAAUUGUUUUCAUGUAAAUUAAAAGUUUUGAAAAGCA